GGCGAAAAGCCGUUCGCGUGCAGCUGGACGGGCUGUGGCUGGCGAUUUUCCAGGUCGGACGAACUCGCCCGCCACAACAGGUCACAUUCCGGGGUCAAACCCUAUCCGUGCAAAAUCUGUGACAAGCGGUUUGCCCGGUCGGAUCAUUUGGCCAAACAUUUGAAAGUGCAU